AUGCCACCUCUCGUAUUACCGGUCGUUUGCCCCCAGCUUCAGACGAAUGGGGUCUGCAAUGAUCGAACGUGUUCUUUUGGACACGACGUGACAUUCUGCGAUCCAUGCCAGUGCGUUAUCAUCAGUCGCGAGGACUAUGCUGCCCACGUCCAAUCUCGGCCACACAAGGCGAAAGUUUCUGGAAGAUCUGGGGAUGUCUUCUGCUCUUUGUGCCGCACAAAAGUCCCUAUCUCUGUAUGGUCGCAGCAUAUCCGCGGAAGGAGGCACCAAAACCACGUCACUUCCACAGGAGUCCUUGGCGAAGUAGAACCAGAGGAGGUUCCCGUCGAGCACGGACAGAUGCGAUGCGAUUUAUGCAACAUCGUCGUCAGCCAAGUGGAUUGGUACAUACACAUUAGCCGCGUGGCACACAGAAGACGAGAACAGUUUAUCUCUUUCCGUUCUGUAUUUGACGAAGCUUCGAAGGACAAGCAUGGAGUCGUCAUGUCGCAUACCGCAGGCCUCGACUUCGACGUUAUCGAACCCGCGAUCGCAGUCCGAGGCAUCAGUACGGCCAUCACUGUGAAGACGACUACCCCGGGCACCACUAUCAAAAUACUCGAUAUCAAGCUCGCUUCAUCGCAUUCAGCUUUUCGUACCCCAACCUCAUAUAUCAUUACACCACUUUCGUCCGCUAGCUGUACUAUUCGCUAUGCCCAAGAGACUCGUAUUGUCGUCACUUUUCGUCAGGGUUACGAGGGCCGUGCAGAAGAUCGACUCGAAAUCACUUUCGAAGAUCCAGCUUUACGACAACGCUUCAUGAUCAUACGACUGCUCAAGGCCACAGUUGGAAAUAAGGCCGAAUACGACGCCAUAAAACCCACCGCACCGUACGUGCCAAAAAAACGCACGAAGCGUACGAUAGAGCGGGAAGUCGUCCCCGGUGUCCCACCCCCUGCUGUUGAGGUGACGAAGUGGGUGGUACGGCUUCCGCCGGCAUUCAUUCCUUCGUCCAUUACUUCGGUCUUGUUCUCGGGGAUUGUGACAAAUAUCAUUGAGCAAUUGAAGCGCACAGUUUUGCCCUCUACGCUGGAUAUUGCAUCAUAUGCACGUUUCUUCAAGACGCUCUUGUGGAUUGAGGAGAAUCAGAUGAAGAACGAUUUGCAGAUUUAUGACAUCGACGACGCUGUGCUCACGAAGCACUUUCAAUACUACUACGUCACUGUUCCAGGCCUAGCCGAAAAACGCCCAAGUGUUUUGACAGGUGACCGGAUGCUCGUUCAACGUCAUGGGACCGAAGACAGUGGACGGUGGUUCGAAGGCCAUGUCCAUGUCCUUCGUAAGGAGGAAGUCGGGUUAUGUUUUCACAGUUCCUUCCCGGUCCCACCUCCUGGACAACGCCACAACGUCAGAUUCAAACUCAACCGGAUUCCUCUUCAACGCCAGCACCAGGCCCUCGAUACUGCGUUCGCCUCGGAUCGCAUACUAUUUCCGAAAGAGCAACACAUCGUCGGCCUCCAGCCAGUUAGAACGCCUAUCACGCCCUACAGUCCACUAAUCGGGCAAAAUAUCCCGCAGAUGGUAGCAGUCAGAGCAAUCACCUAUCGUCCGGCUGGUUCUGUACCAUUCAUUGUGUUUGGGCCGCCUGGUACGGGGAAGACCGUCACUGUCGUCGAGGCCAUCCGCCAGCUUCUCAAAGUCAAUCCGGCUGCAAGUAUCCUGGCGUGUGCUCCGAGCAAUUCAGCGGCCGACCUCAUCGCCUCAAAACUUACUGUGCUAGGUAAAGACAAGCUUUUCCGAUACUACGCACCCUCUCGUCCGAAAGAUAGCGCCCCCGGCGAUCUAGCCGACUUCACUCACAAAAACUUCGAUGGCUACUAUUCUCUCCCACCAUGGUCUGUACUUCGGCGAUUCAGGGUUAUUGUCGCGACUUGCGUGUCGGCCUCCUUCGCGCACAACAUCGGAAUCCCACGUGGUCACUUCAGUCAUAUCUUUGUAGAUGAGGCCGGUCAAGCAACCGAGCCGGAAACCAUGAUUGCCAUCAAGACUAUGGCGGAUCUGAAGACGAAUGUGGUCUUGAGUGGCGAUCCGAAACAGUUGGGCCCCGUCGUCAGGAGUAGUGUGGCAAGGAAGCUGAAGUUGGACAUCAGCUUUCUCGAGAGGUUGAUGAAGUCUGAUAUAUAUCAUGAGGGAACUGGGCAUGGGCGAACAGUUGUCAAGCUCACGAAAAACUACCGAUCUCAUAACUCCAUUCUCCGUUAUCCCAACGAUCGUUUCUAUAAUGGUGACUUGGUGCCGUGCGGCGACAAGAGCACUAUUGACUCCUUCAUCGGCAGUCCACUUCUGGUUUUGAAGACGUUCCCAAUUGUAUUCCAUGCUAUGUCGGGGAAAGACAAUCGAGAGGCGUCGUCCCCAUCAUUCUUCAACAUCGAAGAGGUCCUCCAGGUGAAGCGAUACGUCGAAAAAUUGCGCUCGUCGAUGGACAGGCGUUUCCGAGUUGCGGACAAGGAUAUCGGAAUCAUCGCACCUUACCACGCUCAAUGCUUGAAGAUCAGAAAUACUCUCCGUGGGGUUGCGGACGGGGUCAAGGUCGGCAGCGUUGAAGAGUUCCAAGGCCAGGAACGCCGUGUGAUUAUAAUUUCGACGGUCCGUAGCAGUCGGGAGUUCGUGGAGUACGACCUCAAGCAUACUCUCGGCUUCGUCGCCAGUCCACGCCGCUUCAACGUUGCCGUCACCCGUGCGCAAGCCUUGCUCAUAGUGGUUGGAGAUCCGACCGUCCUGUCUCUCGAUCCUCUAUGGCGCUCAUUCCUGAAUUACAUCCAUAAGAACAACGGCUGGACUGGUGUGCCCAUCUCCUGGAAUUCGGAUGAAGUCGUUCGCGAUGCAGGAGGAUAUGAUGCGGAGUACAGAGACCUUGGCUUGGCUGACAUGAAUGACUUCACGAGAAGGAUGGAGGCGAUGACAUUGGGCGGCGUGGGCGAUGGCGAGAAUGGGGUGGGUGAAGCGGAGGCAAAUGUCGAUAGGCCCUGGAGAGAAGUUGAGUAG